GUUUUAUGUCAAAGAAAAAUUAACACCCAGAAAUAAUCUAAUAGAAACACUGUAAAUUAAUAAAUUUGUAAUUGAGAAAAACAUUUAAUUCCGGUCACGUGAAGAGAAACGGGGGGAAAUGGGGAUAAAUGAAUAGUAGUUAAUGAUGACGGCACGGAUAAAGGAAAACUAUUAUGUAAAACCCAGUGACGAUCAAUAUUACGGUAUAAUUAUAUGUGUUGGAUAUAAUAAUCAUCAUCAUCAUCAGCAUCAGCAUCAGUUCAGCCCAAGCAGCAGAAAGAGCAUUAAAAUUAGCCUUCAUAAGCCGAUCCAUCGACGACAAUUGAAUACAAAGUUCAAGCACAGGACGAAAAUAAUAAUUGAAAAGCCAUUAAUCCGACAGAGUAGCAACAAGAAAAAGAAUUGGAAAGAGCUCUCGAGAAGCUCUUUCCGGAGGCUCGCGAAAUGUAUUCGGCGGUGAAGCCCUUAUCGAAAUAUUUACAAUUCAAAUCUAUACGGAUCUACGAUGCCUGCUUCACCAUCCAUUCGAAAUGCACCGUUGUGAUUCUGUUGACUUGUUCGUUGUUGCUAUCGGCGCGUCAGUAUUUCGGUGAUCCAAUUCAAUGCAUUAGCGAGGAGAAGAAUAUCAAUUAUAUUCAAUCGUAUUGCUGGACCAUGGGCACAUAUAUACUUAAGCUGGAGGAUUAUGGUGAAAGUGAUACGUUGCAAUUGCCAAUCUCAAUGUCUGCGGACACAACAACAACAACGACAACAACAACAACCAAAUCAAGCAGAUUUUCAUUUCUAAGAGGAGCAAACACACGUCACUCCUAUCGACGACUAAUCGAACAAACUGAAGCCUAUGCCCGAGCCAUGACAAUUGCCGAGGGUGUUGGCCCCGAAGUGCGGGGCCAAACGGAACGUGAAUACUUACGUUACUAUCAAUGGGUCAUCAUAUUGCUGCUAUUUCAAUCGUUUAUUUUCUAUUUCCCCUCAUGUCUGUGGAAGGUAUGGGAAGGACAACGUCUUAAGCAACUCUGCUCUGAGGUGGGUGAGGCUUUGCUCUCCGAGGAGACCUACAACACCCGACUGAGGCUUCUGGUCAAAUAUUUCACCACCGACUAUGAGGAUAUGCAUUUCUGUUACAUGGCCAAAUAUGUCUUCUGUGAGCUGCUCAAUUUUCUCAUCAGUGUUAUGAAUAUUGUCGUCUUGGAAGUCUUUUUGAAUGGAUUUUGGUCAAAAUAUUUACAUGCCAUGACCACAAUACCUUUUUAUGAUUGGGAACGCUGGAAUCGUGUAUCGUCUCGGGUCUUUCCCAAAAUUGCCAAAUGUGAGGUACUCAAAUUUGGUUCAAGUGGCACUGCAAGCAUUAUGGAUAAUCUAUGUAUUCUACCAUUGAAUAUACUCAAUGAGAAGAUAUUUGUAUUCCUUUGGUGUUGGUUCCUGCUGAUGGCCAUCAUGUCGGGCCUCAAUCUACUCUGUCGCCUGGCCAUGAUGCUGAGCAAGAGUGUGCGUGAGCAAAUGAUUCGCAGUCAAUUGCGUUUUAUGCCCAAACGGCAUAUCCAACGAGCUCUCAGGGAUCUAACCAUUGGCGAUUGGUUUCUCCUAAUGAAGGUCAGUGUGAAUGUGAAUCCGAUGCUCUUUCGUGAUCUGAUGCAGGAGCUGUGUGAGCUGCGUACAUCCUCGUCGAUAAGCAUACUGGAGAGUGCUGCCUAAAUUAAACAUCCUGACCUGAUGUUCGUGUCCAUCCUGUGCCCAUUUUGAAGCAGUUGCUGCUGCUGCUGCUGAUCAUGUCGACCAAUUUUUGAUUGUUGUUGU